AUGUUGUCCAUGUUUAUUCUUAACUAUGUAUUUACAAGUCUUCACGGAUCUAAAGUAACAGUAGGUGAGAAUAUAAAACAUCUUGCCAAAGAUAAUCGUCAAUUUAGGACUAGUGUUGAUCGUGGUGUAACUUGUUGGCUUGAUUUACCAGAUGAAAUGCUUCUUCUUAUAUGCAGUUAUCUAUCACCAGGUCAUGUUCUUCAGUCAUUUUACACGCCAUCAGAACCUACUGACCGUCUUCAUCGUGCUAUAUUCGAUUAUUAUACAAAGAUAAAGCUUGAUACGAUGACAAAUGAUGAAUAUCUCUGCUUAAUGAACCUAUUUUGUGAUCACCAUAAAUCUCUCCGCUUUGAAUCAUUAAAAUUUUGUGGUCAACGCUUCACCUGUUUAACACAACGUUUUUUUCAUGAUAUAACGAUGGGCAUAUAUGGAUCCUUAUUUGGCUGUGCAAAACAUCUUACAAUAAUUGAUUGUCCAUCACGAAAUAUUUCAAUCAUUUGUAGACACAUCUCCAAAUAA